AUGUCGUCCUUCUUCACAAUCCCCGGCGCCAAUAAGAAGAGGAAGAGGACAGACGCCCCUGCGGCUCCCAAGAAGCGAAUUGCCGCCUCCAAAACCUCCGGCAGAGCCCCUCCGAAAUCGUCUGUAGCCGCCAAAGGCAGCAGCGGCGGAAAAGGCAAGAAAUCCUCAGCAACGGCAGCACUUGCCUCCAAGAAGCGAAAUGAGCGCGACGAUGACGACGAAUCGAUCUCGGGCAGCGACUCGGACGACGAAGGCAUAGCCUCCGCCGCGGAGGAGAGCGACAAUGGCUCAUCGGAGGACGAGGAUGGUGUCGCGGGCGAGACGGCCGCCGAGCGCCGCCUGCGGCUGGCGGAGCGGUAUCUCGAGAACGUCAAGCAGCAGGUGGAUGAUGUGGGCUUUGACGCCGCCGAGAUCGACCGUGACAUGAUCAACGAGCGGUUACAAGAGGACGUGGCCGAGUCCAAGGGAAAAGUCUACCGCGCCCUCGUCGACGACCUCGCCUUCGACCGCGCGACCUCGUCUUUCUUCCGCAACAAUACCGAGACCUUCACCUCCGUCGCCGUCAACGCCCCCUACGCCUACACCACCACCAAGGACAUGUACCUGCACAAGUGGAGGAUACAGGACCUCCCGCAACACCAGUUCCCCCAGACGACGAAGAAGAAGCCCAAGAAGCCACCCGCGCCGCCGCGCAAGAAGCCCGAGCUAGAGAACUGGCUGAGGGGCAAUCUGCACAACGCGACAAAAAAGACGUUUCAGCGUCACGUUGAGAAGAUUCUGUGCGUUGCCGCGUCGCCGGACGGCAAGUACGUCGUCACGGGCGGUGAGGACCGCAGGCUCAUCAUCUACGACGCCGAGACCCUCAAGCCCAUCCGCGUCUUCACCCACCACCGCGAUGCUGUCACCGGCCUCGCCUUUCGCCGCGGCACGAACCAGCUCUACUCUUGCUCAAAGGACCGAACGGUCAAAGUAUGGAGCUUGGACGAGCUGGCCUACAUCGAGACCCUGUUCGGUCAUCAGGACGAGAUUGUCGACAUCGACGCUCUUGCUCAGGAGCGCUGCGUCAGUGUAGGCGCCCGCGACCGGACAGCACGUCUGUGGAAGGUCGCCGAGGAGACACAGCUCGUCUUCCGUGGAGGCGCCGUGGACAAGAAGUCUCGCCCAGACGUCGACCCGCGCUCGCUGCCACACGAGGGCAGCAUGGACCGUGUCGCCAUGAUCGAUGACGAGCUCUUCGUCACGGGUAGCGACAACGGCUCCCUCGCCCUCUGGAGCGUCACGAAAAAGAAACCUCUCCACAUUUUUCCUAUGGCCCACGGCCUGGAACAACCCCUCCGCCCGGAUGAGGCUUCGGCGGACCAUAACCCAGACCCGAAGAUUGUGCCCCCGCCGCAACCGCGGUGGAUCACGGCGCUUAAGACGAUCCCCUACUCGGACGUCAUCCUUAGCGGAAGCUGGGAUGGCUGCAUAAGGGUAUGGCGUCUAAGCGAGGACAAGCGAAAGAUUGAAGUAGCGGGUGUUCUCACAUCGGAGGCCGAGCAGGCGGCUUCGAAAGCCGCCAAGGGGAAGUCAGAAGAUGCCGCAGGCGGCUUGAAGGGAGUGAUUAACGACAUUGCCAUCUUCGAACGUGGUGAUCGCGGCCAAGAUGGCAUCUGCGUCGUGGCGGCCGUGGGCAAGGAGCACAGGCUUGGCAGAUGGCAGAUGCGCAAGGGUAAAGGGAAGAACGGAGGAUACGUUUUUGAGGUGCCCAAGGUGUUGAAAAAGCCGGAAGUGAACGGCAACAAUAAUGACGCAUCGAAUUCGGAAAGCGAGUAA